AUGAGCGAGGCGGGGCGCUUCCGCUACGUGUCGUUUCACGAGCGUCUGCAAGACGUCUCGAUCGAUCUCUCGCGCGAGAGCGAGUCGAGCUGGGGGGCGUCGCGGCUGCACGUCGCCGGGCUCGACGCGCCGGCGAGCGCGUUCGCUGCGGCGACCAGUGCGUCGAAUGUCGCACAGGCGUCCGAUCCGAAUAGCACCGCGUUUGGCGUCGCGCUGCGCGAGUGGGGCGAGCUGAAUUUGAGCUUGCCGUUCCAGGCGUUUUCGUCCAAGGUGUCUCGCAAAGCGCAGUCGCUCGUGCUGCUGCUGCACCACCGCGACGAGAUCGCCGAGGUGCUCGACCAGGGCCUGAUGCUCGACGGGCAAAACUGGCUCGCAUGGGACGCGCUCCUGGACCUCGUGCCGCGCCUCGCGUUUGACCUCGGCUCGGAAUUCCUGCCUGUAUACCCCAAGCUGUUGCACGCGCUCCUGCGUGCUUCCACCCAGAUGGACAAGAACGUGACGAGGAACGACGAGGGGCUCGCCGCGCGCCUCGUCGAGCGCGCAUUUCACUCGGCCGCAUGGCUCUUUCGCGCGGUUUCGAGCAUCAUGAUCCGCAGCGCGGACGCGGACCUCUUGCUCGACAGCUGGGCCAUCGUCCAAAAGUUCCUCGGCAAAGGCGUCCGCUCGCACACGCGCCGCUUUGCGACCGAGGCGUUUGCGCACCUCGUACGAAAGGCGCCGCACAAGAAACUCGACGUGCUCGUGCCGACGAUGCUCGACGAUGCGUCCACGCCGAAUAUCGAGCACGGCGUCGCGGCGACGUUUGCCAACAGCUGCGAAGCGGCGGCGCACGCGCUGCACUCGCGCACGCCGGCGCUCCUCGAGAUCUUUUUGCGGAGAGCGGAGCACAAGGACCGCGUGCGGCGCAUCGGCACGCACGUCUUUACCGCAUUCGUGCACCACUGCCAUGCGCCGCAAAUGACCAAGGCGCUCGACGUGCUGAUCCAGUGGACUAACGAGAGUAUGGACAACGAGGACGAGCUGCACACGCUCCUCCUCUGGCUCACGCACACCGCUGCACGCAAGGGCACGCGCAUCGCCGACGACGCCAAAGGGGCACUCUUUGCACUCAUGCGCACAAUCAACGAGCGCCUCACAUGGACGGCAGAGCAUGCGCCGCUCCUCCAGGCGUACUGCACGCUCCUCGUGAUCCUGCUCCCGGUCGGCCGCGUGCAGGACGCGGCGGGCGCUGGCACGGAUAUCCUCAAGGCCAUGGCCGCACGGCCGGCGACCGGCGACUUUGCCGUCGCGUGGGCCGCGAUGGAGGGCGUGUGCCGUGCACUGGCCGAUUCCUGGCAGUCCUUCCGUGCAUUUGUCCUGCCGAUGGCCCUCGAGGCCACCGCCGAGCUCCUCGGCGAGGACCGCACAAAGCAGGACGCCGCACUGCUCCUCCUUGCCGACCUCGAGGCACACGGCCACCUCGCGCACUUGCAGUCCGCGCCGCCGACCAGCAUCGUCCUGCGCUGGAUCCGGCGCACGCGCCAGGCGGUCGAUGCGCGCCUCGCCGAGCCGCUCAAGGAGGCGGACGCAGGCCACCUCGCUGCCAUCCGCCUCGCGACGCACUUUUCGACCAGUGCCAAGACCAAUGUCGCUGCGCUCGUCCAGGGCGUCGUGGCGCUCCAGGAGGCGGCGGACGCGACGCAGCAGGCGACGCUCGGCGCGCUGCUUUCCGGCGCGGUCGACACGGCGGCCGCGGGCAAUGCAUGGGCGCCGCUCGCCACACUGUUUGAGGGGUCGCCGAGCGUUGCAGAAAAGCUCAUUUCGCACACGAGCCAUGCGGUGCUUGUUCCCCUCGCCGAGCUCAUUGCGCGCGGCGCCGAGCAGGGCUGGGCGCCGCCGAAUGCGCCCAACACCACCGCGACUCUGCGCCCGGUGCUCCUUGCGGCGGACCGCGAGUGUGUGCGUGCUGCGCUCCGCAUUCUCGCGGCGGUGCACGCCGCAGCGCCGUUCAACGUCUAUGACAUUAUGCUCGCGACCGAAGAGAUGCCGCUGGACGUGCCGAACGUCACUGCACGCAACGUCAAGCUGCGGCAGGCGCAGCGCGAGGCGUUCAAGGCGCUGCGUGGCACCGAUCCGCAGCUCCAGUCGCUGAUCACGUACACGGUCGGCACGCUCAAGGUGAAUUUGAAGCCGAUCUGGAAAGAGAGCCGCGCGACGCUCGUCGCGCUGGCGGCGCGGCUGCCCGACGAGGUGUGGAAGGUGUCGUUUGAGGAGCUCGAAAAGACGGUGGCCGAGGACAAGGAGGACGAAGAAGAGGAAGAGCACGACGAGGACGACGAGGACGACGAGGACGACGAGGAACAGAAAGAGGACAAAGACGCCGACGAGUACGUCUCGCCGUUUGCCAACGAGCCGCUCGGCUCUGCGCCGUCCGUCCCGGAAGACAAGAACCUCGACGAUCCGCAGCUGCGUGCGCGCAUCGAGUCGCUGCACGAGCUCCUUCCUCUGUCCGACCCCCGCGACGCGGCGCAGGCCGCGCUCGACGCGCUCUUUGCCCCGCCGCACGUCCGCUUCGACGCGCUGCACUAUGCCGACCAGCUCCUCCUUCUGUACGAAGAGCACGCGGUCCUUGCCGAGAAGCACAAUACCCCGUUUGUCGACCACGUCCUCGCCGCAUGGCCCGGCCUCGUGACCGAAGGCGGCGCGCCAGCCAAGUUCCGUGUCGCGCGCCUGAACCGCUACCUGGACAUUUUCGCCGAGUUCAAGAACCCCCGUGCGAUGCACUGCGCGGAUACCAUGCGCGGCCACUUUGUCGCGCUGUGUGCGCACCCCGAAGGGCCGGUGCAGCGCGGUGCCCUUGCGUGCCUUCUUACGUGGAAGGAUGCGUGGCUCGUGCACCAUGAAGAGCGGCUGCGUGCGCUCCUCGACCCUGCCAAGUUCCGCGAGACGCUCGCGAGUACCAACUUUGGCGUGGGCUCGGAGCAGUUUGCGACCGACCGCGCGUCGCUCAUGCCGAUCGUCCUGCGUCUGCUGUUCGGCCUGAUGGUGUCCCGUCGUGCCGUCAAGACGUCGGGCGCAGGACAGCACGCGCGCCGCACGGCGAUCCUCGGUGCGCUGUACGACUGCAGCGCCGACGAGCUUCGCCUGCUGGUCGACCUCAUGCUGGAGGCGUUCCCGGAAGAGGGAUCAGUCGAGGGCGGCGUCUAUGUCCCUGCCGAGCCGUCGGCGACGCUGCGCCAGCAGAACGGCCUGCUCUCCUUCCUCGGCGACGUGCUCAAGCACCUCGGCACGCCGCUUGCGCCGUCGAUGCCCCGCCUCGUCGGCGCGGUCGUGUCGAUUGCGUGCCAUGCGUCGAGCGACGACAACGAGCGUGCGAUCCGCCGCCUCGGCCUGCGUCGCCUCGGCGACGUCGUGCGCUACUCGACCGAGCCGGACUGGAGCGUGUACGCCCAGGCGAUCCUCACGCGCCUCGUGCAUCCCCGCCUUGUGACGCUCGCCGAGGACAGCGUGCAGGCGCCGUCGGCGCUCCUCGACCUCGUGCGCGCAUGGGUUGACCGCCGCGACACGCAGCUCGUCUUUUUGUCGGACGCGGCCGUGCUGCGUGGCAUCUAUGCGUGCCUCGGCAGCGCGAGCAUCAAGCCGCCUGUCGCGCACGCGAUCCUCGACAUUGCCGAAAAGACGCUCGCAAGCGACGACGAGGUGCGCGAGGCCGUCGUGCGCCCGAGUGUCGAGGCGCUGCUGAGCCACCUUUCGGGCCUGGUCAGCCGCACGGUAUCGAGCUCGUUUACGUACGUGCUUGCGGGCCAUUUGCGCGACGAGCUGCUGCGCCGCGAGGUCGCGCUCCUCUCGACGCUCGGGCCGUACAUGACGCGCGCGUCGGACGCGGCGUCGGUCAUUGGCCUCCUCGUGCCGUUGAUGCGCCACAGCGCGCGUGCGGUGCCCGAGCGCACCAAGCUCGAGCUCUUGCGCACCUUCGAGACGCUCCUGCCCCUGGCGCCGCUCGACGGCGCGGCGUUCAAGGAUUUGUACACGCUGUUCUGCCGCCUCGGUGCCGAGCUGCGGUUCCCGGGCGCACGUACGCAGUACGCGGCGGCCUUUGGGCAGCUCGUGCCUGCCGACCCGUCGCUCGCGCGUGUCGCGUCGUGGGUCGCCGACCUGAAUGCGUACUCCGCCAAGACGCUCGGCGAGAUCGACUUUGACCGCCGCCUCGCGGCGUCGGACGCGAUCCUCGCACCAGAGACGGUGGUGACGAUACCCGAGUGGCACGCGCUCUUGUUCAAUGCGCUCUUCUUUAUCACGGACACAGAAGAGCUCGCGAUGCGCACGACCGGCGCGGCGAUUUUGCAGCGCUUUGUCAAAGAGGCCAAGUCGGACGAGGCGGUGGCGCUCGCACACAGCGUGCUGCUGCCGGGCAUCCGCCGGCGCCUGCAUGCCAAGUCGGAGCUGGUGCGCAAAGAGGUCUUUACGCUCCUCGGCCUCACGGUCGUCGAGCUCGCGCCGAAACUGCCGCAGAUCCAGGAGCUCGAGUGCCUCCUGGCCCGCGGCGACGAGGAGGCGAGCGUCUUUACCAACCUGUACCACAUCCAGGCACACCGCCGGACGCGUGCGCUGCAGCGCAUCGCGCAGUACGCCGAACAGGGCCUCUUGCGCUCCAAGACGCUUUCGGACCUGUUUGUGCCGAUGGCGUGGUACGACCUGCUGCCGAAUGCGAGCGGCGGCAUCGAUAUGAACCGCGCCAACGACGCACUGGCGUGCAUCCGCCGCAUCUGUGCGCAGCUGCAGUGGAGCCACUACUACCACUGGCUCUCGCGCUUCAUGAAGGAGAUGAAGGAGCAUGCGGCCAAGGAGGCGACGUCGGUGUUUGAGCGUCUGCAUGUGCGUGGCACGGUCGGCGUGCUCGAGGCUUUCCACUUUGAGAUGGAGGAAGGCGAUGCAGAGAUGCAGGUCGAGGCGGACGACGCCGAAGCGGAAGGCGAGGCUGGUGAGGCAGGCGAGGGCGAAGACGCAGGCGAAGGCGACGACAAUGCUGCUCCCCAGCCGGCCGUCUCGGCGCCCCGCCCCCCGCCGUCCCCGGCAGCGAUCGCACAGAUCGUCACGGAAAAGAUCCUGCCGCAGCUGCAUUCCACGCUCGAUACCAAGGACGAAGAGCGCGUGCCUGCGCGUCUCCCUCUUCUUGUCGGCGCGGCGCGCGUCGCACAGCAUCUUCCGCACGAGCGCCGGCGCAUCGAGCUCUUCAAGACGUUCUCUGCGCUGGCCAUGGCGCUGCGGAGCAAGCUGCAGUCGACGCGCGACACGACGCGCGAGGUCGCGCUGCAGCUCGUGCGUGCGAUUGGCGCUCAGUACUUUGCGCCGGUCGUGCGUGAGCUGCGCCGCCUCCUUACGCGUGGCCCCCAAAAGGCCGUGUGUGCGUACACGGUUCACAGCCUGCUUGUCGCGCUCAGCACGCCGACCAAGAGUGCAGCGCCGCUCCUGACGCUCGUCGACGACGGCGUGCCCGACAUUGUCGCGGCGGCCGUCGAGGACAUCUUUGGCGAGACGAGCGAGGACCGCACGGCGGUCGAGAACAAGACCAAGGUCCGCGAGCUGCGGCAGAGCAAGAGUCUCGACACGGUCGAGCAGCUUGCGCGCCUCUGCUCCCCCACGCGCCUCAACGAGCUGCUGUACCCCCUGCGUGACGUGAUGAGCUCGACGGGCGUCCCAAAGACGCUGCACAUUGUCGAAGAGUGCCUGCACCGCAUCGCAUCCGGCGUCAAUGCGAACGAGCACCUGGACGCGGAUGCGCUGCUGGUCCUGUGCCAUACGCUCAUUGCGCGUGGCGUGAGUGCCGUCGGCGUCAGCACACGGCCGACCAAGCGCCGCAAAGACAAGGCGGAAGUGCAAGGCACGCGCAAAGAGGCCGAGGCGGUCGUGCGCGACCACCUCACGCAGAACGCGCACCUGUUUGUCGCGCUCGGUCUCGACAUGCUCACGACCGCGCUGCGCCGCGGCCGCUUUGACGUGCACGACGAGGCGACGGUCGCCAAGCUCAUUCCCCUCGUGCCGGCCGUCGGCGAGACGCUCUAUGCGCGCCACGCGCCGGUCGUCGAGCGUGGCCUGCGUGCGGCCGCGGCGCUGAGCCGCUGCCCGCUGCCGAACCUCGGCGAAGGCAUGCCGGUCAUCCAGCGCCAGAUCCUCGCGAUUUUGCGGCACACCGGCGGCCUGCACUCGGCCGUGGCCCAGGCGGCGGUGCGUGCGCUGGCGGUGAUUCUGCGCGAGUGCAAGGACGCCGCGCCGCAGGAGCAGCAGCUGACCGAGCUGCUGCGCCUCGCUGCGCCCGAGCUCGACGAGCCGAGCGUGCAGGCGAGCGUCUUUGCGCUUUUGCGUGCGAUCGUCGCGCGUGCGUUUGUCGUGCCCGAGAUCUACGACGUGAUGGACCGCGUCGCAGAGCUUCUGGUCACGUCGCACGACGCGCAGGUGCGUGAAGUGUGCCGCUCGCUCUACCUGCAGUUCCUACUCGACUAUCCCCAAGGCAAAGGGCGCCUGCAGAACCAGCUGCAGUUCCUCGCCAAGAACCUUGCGUACGAGGUCGAGUCGGGGCGCAAGAGCGUCCUCGAGCUCCUGGGCGCGGUCCUGUCCAAGUUUAGCCCGGCGGUGGUCAACGAGCACGCCGAGCUGUUCUUUGUCGCGCUCAUCAUGCAGCUUGCGAACGACGAGUCGGUCGCGUGCAAGCAGCAGUGUGCCAAGGUGCUCGGCGUGCUGCUCGGUGUGCUCGACGAUCCGGCGCUCGGCAAUGUCCUGCGCAUGACGCACAAGUGGGGCAGCGCGCCGCAGAACUCGGCGCAGGCGGCUCAGCUCGCUGCGGUCGCGCUCCGUGUCUAUGACGUGGCGCUGGCGCGCGGCGAUGGGUACGCGCGCAUUGCGCCGGACGCGCUGCCGAUUGUCAAAGCGGCGCUCCAAGCGAGUGCCGCCGACGAGGACGAGGAGCCCGAGUGGCGCGUCGCCUACCAGGCGCUGCAGACGCUGCAGACGCUUCUUCAGAAGGACGCCGCAUCGACGUACGUCAAGAUGGGCUCGACGACCGACGACGUGCUGACGAUGCUCACGUACCCCCAUGCGUGGUGCCGCAUCGCUGCGAGCCGCGUCGUCGGUGCGCUGUUUGCCGCCGAGCAGCCGAUGGAGCAUGCGACGCACAUCCGUGCAGCCAAGCAGCUCGUUGCUCAGCUGCACGGCACGACGCUCGACGAUGCACUUACGCUACAAAUUGUACGCAACUUGGUGUACCUCGGCCGCGUGUUUGCGGAGAAGAGUGUGGACGAGGAGGACGAGGAAGAGGAGGAAGCGGAAGAAGAAGCGGAGGAGGAAGCGGAAGAAGCGGAAGCCGCCGCCGAGCUCGGCACGGCCGAGGCUAUGGACGACGAAAGCGACACCGACGCACCUCCUGCCCCAGUCGACGCGCACCUGCAAGCCGUCGAGGCCGAGAUCGAGGCGCUGGACACCGAUCCCCAGCGCGGCGCCGACGAGAACCCCCUUGCGUGGCUCUUUUCGAAGCUGUCGCACGCCGCGCGCAACUCGCCGCAGGCCGGCAGCCGCGCGAAUGCGCCGCAGCGCAUCUCGGCGAUCCUCAAGUGGUUCGCUGCGAUUGCGACACAGCUCGAAGCCAAGCGCCUCGAAAAGUUCCUCGUGCACAUCCUCUCUCCCGUGCAGCGCGUCACGGAAGACGAGACGCUGAGCGAGAGUCUGCGCACGCUUGCCGGCGAGGUCCAGGAGCUGGUGCAGAGCCGUGUGACGCCGUCUGCAUUCACGCGCGCCUACACGCACGUCCGCCAGUCGAUCCAGGAGAAGCGCCGCGAGCGCAAGCAUGCGCGCCUGAUGCAAGGCAUUACCGACCCCGAGCGGGCGGCCAAGCGCCGUGCGACGCGCAACGUCGCGAAGCACGAAAACCGGAAGCGCAAGAAUGCGUCCUUCCGCGAGUCGCGCCAGCGCAACAUUAAGCGUAGAGCCGACUAG